AUUUUGAUUAAAGCAAAAUAGAUCAUUUUAGCGUAUCCCAAUUAUUAUUAUUUUAAUCACUUGAAUUUGCGACUCGGCUUCUGUAAUCAAAUAAUGUAGUUGAAUUUACUAUUGUUUGAAAACAAAAUUUUCCAAACCACAACAAGCAGAAAUGUCCAAUCACUACGAUAUUCCUUCAUGGGCUGGUAAACCACCUACCGGUCUGCAUUUGGAUGUAAUGAAAGAUGACAAGUUAAUUCAAAAAUUCAUGAUUGACGAGAAGAAAUGCUACCUGUUCGGACGCAAUCCUCAGAUGAAUGAUUUCUGUAUUGAUCACGCGUCUUGCUCCCGUGUGCAUGCUGCAUUUGUUUAUCACAAACAUCUAAACAUAGCUUAUCUGGUAGACUUGGGAUCAACACAUGGUACCUAUAUUGGAUCGGUACGAUUGGAAGCCCAUAAGCCGACACAACUACUGAUAAAUUCCUCGUUUCACUUUGGAGCCUCCACAAGGCAUUACAUGCUGAGAGAACGACCGACGGUUGGCUCUAGGUCCAAUAUAAUGGAGGAUAUCCCCAUGAUGGACACUAGCGAUGGAACAUAUUUGGGAUUACCCGAGAGCCAGACGGAACUUGAUAAUUUAACGGAGUAUAAUACCGCUCACAAUCGGCGCAUUUCGAUGCUGGCAAUUACUGAUGAGACCAGUACGUUUAAAAAGAACAUGAAAAACAAGCGCAAACGUAAAGGGGUUCAAUUCAACGAGGAUGAAAUCGUCAUCAACCCUGAAGACAUCGAUCCAAGCAUAGGACGUUUCCGGAAUCUUAUUCAAUCCACUGUCGUUCCGGUUGCUGCUAAACGGACGAAACUUGAUAUCAAUACCAUGGGUCUCUCAACAUCAUCCUCAAGCAAAUCGAUGCAGCAUCCGCAUAAUUUAGUACCCAGUUUGUACCACGGAAUCGAUGACCAGUCUGUCGACUGUCGGAAUAACGCUGCUGGUGGUCAUGGAUUCAGCUUUGAUAUGGACACUACUCCAAGUGGGCUAACUACAAAAUUGGGCAUUAUUUUGCCAAAUCCUGCACCGGAUGUUAAUCCUAUCACAGCUAGCACUGCUAUGUUGCCACCACCGGUUUACAACAGUGUUGCUCCUAAGACUGUAAAAAUUGUCGACAAACAAGAGGCAUCAGAUGAACCUAAAAAGAAGAAAUACGCCAAGGAACAAUGGCCUGGCAGAAAGCCACUUGGUUUGGGUGGGUUCUAAAUUGAUGGAAUAGAAAGCUGAUGAAGCGAAAAGCUAGUUGCACGAAUCAGUUUGACGGAUAUUACACCAGAAGCUAUUUAUGGAAACUUUAUGUUACGGAUGAUAACCUUAUAGAUAGAAUAGUAUUGAUUUGAUACUGGGAAGUACAGUUUGAAUAAAUUUACUUCACCGUACAAUAUUCGAAUAAACAUAGCUGUAUCAUUCACCA